AAGCAGUGACAUACUGUCAGGAUCAGGAACUAAAAGCACAAGUGUAUGUAACUAGAAGGAAGCUGUGACUUCUGAAGCUUGCUGAGUAGACUGUGAAGUCAAAAGAACUCUUUCACUUGCUCCAUCAAAUGUUUAAUCUGACUUUUAUACUUCCCAUCUCUGCAAGCCUCCCAGGGCCUAGAAGCCAUACAGGAAUAUGAAAUAUAUUUAAUGGUGCAAAAUAUAUUUUAUAGGCACAUAGAGUAUUUGCAGGAGGAGAGAAAAUACUACUUUAUUUGUGCCCACUGAUUUCUCAGCAGAGUACCUCUGCUGAAAAGACACAUCACUAUGAAUUGCUAUGUGUCACUACAAUUCCUCUUGGGACUGGCUCAACUAAGUCGCUGUCACACAAAUAUGACCAACUCUAAAAUGCUUGAGCUGAACCAGACACUACGAUCUCAUUUGAGAGCAAAGCGGAGCUGGGUGUGGAAUCAUUUUUAUGUACAAGAGGAAGUGACAGUUACUGAGCAACAUGUUGGCCGGCUGAGAUCUAAUCUGGAUGAAGGGGAUGCAUCUUUGGUGUACUUGUUGUCUGGGGAUGGAGCUGGGAGUAUUUUUACCAUUAACAACAGAACAGGUGAUAUAACUGCCAUAAAAAAGCUUGAUAGAGAGGAGAAAGCCUUCUACAAAUUAAGAGCCCAAGUCAUAAAUGUUUAUACUGGGAAACCUGUGGAACCUGAGUCUGAAUUUGUCAUCAAAGUUGUGGAUAUCAAUGACAAUAAACCACAGUUCCUAGAUGGACCUUAUGAGACCAGCAUUCCAGAGAUGUCUCCAGAAGGAACUUCUGUUAUCCAGGUGACAGCUACAGAUAAUGAUGAUCCUGCACAGGAGAAUAAUGCUAGACUUAUUUAUACCAUACUACAGGGACAACCCUAUUUUUCUGUAGAACCAACGACAGGAAUUCUAAGAAUUUCUUCACAAAUGGACCGAGAGGCUAAAGACCAGUAUUUAGUUGUUAUUCAAGCUACAGACAGGCUGGGUCUUCCGGAUGGACUUUCUGGAACAACAACUGUCACAAUUAAUCUAUCUGACGUCAAUGAUAACAGGCCUAUAUUUCAAUCUGGACUCUACCAUAUGAAUGUCUCUGAAUCUGCACCAAUUGGAACUUCAAUUGGAAUAAUCAUGGCAGAUGACAGCGACAUAGGCGAUAAUGCAAAAAUGAAGUACAGUAUUGAAGAUGGUUCAUAUGUCUUUGACAUUAUCACCAAUAAUGAGACUCAGGAAGGAAUAGUUGUAUUAAAAAAGAAAUUGGAUUAUGAGCUCCAACGACAAUACAGUGUUCGAGCAAAGGUUACCAACAGCUUUAUUGAUGAAUAUUUCCCAAAGGAUGAAAAUUCUGGACAAACUACUGUUAUUAAAAUCAGAGUGGAAGAUGCUGAUGAACCACCAGUUUUCUCUCAACUGGAGUAUCCAAUGGAAAUUGCUGAAGAGACUCCCUAUGGUACAUACGUGGGCACUGUAUUUGCCAGAGAUCCAGAUGUUACCAACUCUCCAGUCAGGUAUUCUAUUGUUGGCUGUAGUUUAUUCAGCAUUGAUGACAAUGGCACCAUCAUUAUAACUGAACCUCUGGACCGGGAGAUAGAUGCGUGGCACAAUAUAACUGUUAUAGCCACUGAAAAAAAUAAUUCACAACAAGUGUCUGAGGCACAUGUGUAUGUGCAGGUUCUGAAUGUCAAUGACCAUGCCCCUGAAUUCUUCCAAUACUAUGAGACAUAUGUUUGUGAAAAGGCAAAUGCUGGGCAGCUAAUUCAGACCAUCAGUGCUAUGGAUAGGGAUGCUUCUGUAGAAGACCAUCGGUUUUCCUUCAAUCUGUCUACAGAAUCCACAAGCAACUUGAGUUUUACUGUCAGAGAUAAUCAAGAUAACACAGCUGGAAUUCUGACUACUAGGAGUGGCUUUAGCCGCCAAGAACAGCCUGUCUUCUAUCUCCCAAUUUUAAUAGCUGACAAUGGAAAUCCAUCACUUACAAGUACAAACACUCUUACUAUCCAUGCCUGUGAAUGUGAUGAGAAUGGUGGUACCCAGUCCUGCACAUACGGAGCCCUUACAUUUUCCAUGGGUUUCAGCAUAGAGGGUUUAAUUGCUAUUUUGGCCUGUAUUCUAAUAAUAUUAGUGUUUGUCUUCACGAUCCUGGGCCUAAAGCAAAGAAGGAAACAGGAUCUAUUUCCUGAAAAGGGAGAAGAAUUUAGGGAGAAUAUUGUCAGAUAUGAUGAUGAAGGAGGUGGAGAAGAAGAUACAGAGGCUUUUGAUAUUGCAGCACUGAGGACCCGCACUGUAAUGAGAGCAAGAAAGACUCGGAAAAAUAUCACCACUGAGAUCAGAAGUCUAUAUAGGCAAUCUCUACAGGUGGGCCCAGACAGUGCUGUCUUCAAGGAAUUCAUUUUGGCCAAACUUGAAGAGGCUAAUACAGAUCCUUGGGCACCUCCCUUUGACUCUCUUCAGACUUAUGCAUUUGAGGGAACAGGGUCCCUGGCUGGAUCUCUUAGCUCCCUGGAGUCAAGCAUUUCAGAUCCAGAUCAGAAUUUUGAUUACUUAACUGAAUUAGGACCUCGCUUUAAAAAACUAGCAAGUAUGUAUGGCUCCAGAGUUCCUGCAAAGAAUUAGUUCUCUAGAGGAUUUUUAUUUUAAGAUAUAGUAUGGUAUAUGUCAUCCUGUGGUGAACCAAAUUGAACAAAUCAGCAGAACAUAUGUAAACAAAUGGAUUCUAUAUCUCUGUAUUGUCAAUCAGCUUUCUUGGUUUUCUGGCUAUUAUCAAAUUGGCUCUAUUACUUAUUGUGACAGUCCUCUAAAUUGCAUCCAAGUGACCAAAAAGAAUUCAUGGUUCUUCCUAAGUACAUGUUUCCUGUUUCUUGUCUAAAGAGUGACUUAGGCAAUGGACAGAAUCAGAUUCUAUAAGUUGCCUCUUUGGGAGAAGUUAAUGUUAUGAUAUAACUUUGAAAACUACUGAAAGGAAUGAAUGGCUUCCUCCCUGAGAAUCUUUUUUACUCCUCUAGGUCUUUCCUUGUAAAUAUUCUGCCUGAGUUAAUCUUUAAACUGUCUCCAAAGUGAAGCAGAUAGAAGGAUUAUAUUGAUUAACUAAAACUACAGUGUUUAAAAAAAAUGUUACAUUUAGUAAGGUGGAAACUUGAUUGUACAUGUAUAUGUAUAUGUGUGUAUAUGUAUACACACACAGACACACACAAACAGGAAUGUGUAUAAGAAGCUCUUAUAGGAUAUUUAUUUAUUUUUCCAAUGAUAAAACUAAAGAUACUUUUAUCACUAUCAAAAUGAAGAUCUAUUAUACAGUAUCAACAUUUAUUCAUCAUUAAAUUUGAAUUUUUAUGAAACUGUUGUGAAGUGUGUUAAAUUCAUAAUUGGCAUUUCACCUGUAUUAUAAAGAUACAAAAAGAGGAAUACUUUCAAGCUUGAAUCAAUAUUCACCUUAAAUAUGAUAAUCAAGUACAUUGCCUAUUAUAGUGCAUAAAAUCAAAUACUGUACAAUUCAAGCCAUUUUUCCCUUUUAUUAAGAGCUAAGAAGAAGACUGAUUUCUUAGCACAGGUUCUUUUAUUAUGGAAUAUAAAAUUAGGUGCAGUAGUCAUUUUAUUAUAACAGUAUUAAGGAACUUUAAAAUGCUAAGCUGCUGGACAUAAAACUUUAUGGUUAACAUUAGAUAAUAAGAUAGUAAAACACUUUAAUUUCAAUCCACCUCUUCAGAAAAGGUUCUUUAUUACAUCAAAAUCAAGUCAGACUUAAAAUCCAUUUCCUCUUCUAGUUUUUGGAAGGAAAUUAUUGAAUAAAAUGUGCUCAGAAGUCUUUUCUUCUACUGUUUCUGAAUAUCAAAAAGUAGAAAUGGGAU